AUGAGUAGCAAUCAGUUCGAUCCUGGCCGAUCCUACCGCCGACGAAACAGCAAAAGCAGAAGAGAUUUGCAGAGACGUUGCUGGCGUGGUGCUCAAGCCAAGUUAUGGGAAUGUACCUACGACAUAACGACGGAUUCGGGAACGAUUCUUGAGCGAAAAACUCUUGUGAAAUUGUAUAACGAUUCGGAUUCCAUUAACUUUUACAGGGAGAACAAAAACCGACUUGACGAUGUCCUCAACGCAUAUGAAAACGCUGGAAGCAACGGAAUCGGCGCAGAGAUUUACAAAACAUACAACGAUGGAGAGCCUUUUGCCAACUUGAAUUUCGCCGUGGUUCAAGAGUAUUUGAACGGCACAGACCUAGAAGACACCCUGCCUACCGACGAUGAUAUCUUUGCUGUAGCCAGGUUGCUCGCGAAGAAUCAUCUGGUGCCAUAUGAAGAAACAAACAUGAACAGAGAUUUUUGCAGCCAGCACUGGCCGUGGAAUACAGUCGCUUAUGGGGAGCACAUGAACGAUGAUUACUACGAAGAAGCGAGGGACUUUAUUCACGACCACGCGCAAGAGGAAGGAAUCGGUGACAUGGAGACCUUACAAGAGUUCUACGAAUAUGCACGAGAUCAAGCAGAAAUGGCCCCCUCUCCAGCUGUCUUUACCCAUGGCGAUCCUCACUUGGGCAAUAUUUUCAAACUCAAUGACGGAACUUACCGCCUUCUCGACUACGACAAUUCGAACAUUGGCCCGAGAAUUUGGGAUCUGCUCUAUUUCUGGAACAAGCUACCAAACGACGACAAAGAUUCAAAGUUCGACGCUUAUAUUGACGCUUACGUAACUGAGUACAACGCUGGAAAUCCCCCAGUAACUGUCACCGUUGGUGAAAUAACGAACGAGUUCAUCUGCCACCUUCCAUACAGUAUUCUUCAACUGGCUGCGUUUUAUCACACAAUCGACCUGGAGCCAUAUGACGAGUGGACACUUUAUGUAAUGGAUGCGAUUUUGAAAGAGCCGAACUUUCCGCAGUGCCAGGCUACUCCUGAACCAACUGGAGCUCGAUAUGCUGACUGCGAAUUCGAAGCGAAAUCGAAUGAUGUGGAAAUGAAAGUCAAUGGAGCUCGAGAGAUGGGCGUUGCUCUUGGUCUUCUUUUCUUGUUUAUUCUUGUGUGA